GUUACGUAAGACUUGAUUUUUGCAAAGAGACGUGAGGAGAAAAGUUAUUAGUUUAUUUAGCGAAUUUUUUAUAAAAUUAUUAAAUUAAAAAUACAGAAAAACGACAGUGACGUAGAGUUAAACUGUGUUCAGUCUAGUAGUGGAGAAUACUUGUAAAUAAAAUUAUUGGUGAAGGUGAAAAGUGUGUUUUCCUGCCGCAGUGGACUUUGUUGAAUGGCAUUUGGCGGUCAUCGAGGAAACGUCUUCUGGAAAAUCCAGCCGCCUACGUUCCGGAUCACUGUUAAGGACAUUUAAUAAAGGAAUAUAUAUUUCCAGGUAAACUGGGCAGGAAGAAGAGGGUAUUAAAUAUCACAGAAUCCUAUCACAGAGAAAUUAUUGUUUACCACAGGUAAUUCUCCACAUCAGUGGUCCUUCGAAGGAAAAGAGACCCCAACGAGGAGGCUUCAGUCACACGGCAUCAGCCACGAGAACCUCGCAGUUUCGCCUGUUGACAUUCGCACUCUGAAGACAAUUGCCUUGUAGAAAAAUCUUGGAUAUCUGCAGAAAAUCUUUGGCCAUUCACUGGGUAUCCAGCAGAAUUGAAAAGGAACUCCACGAAGAAGAGGACAAAGAAGCAGCUCCAAAGAUGGCGAAUAUCAAGAGUCGAAGCGCAUAUAAAGGGCAACUUACCAGUGUAAAGACAGCCAUAUCCCGCUACCAUGAAGAUAAAAGUCUGUUGAGUAGAGACGGUGCUCGAGCGUACCUUGAGACGAAUUUGGAGAUUUGUGACAGAAUCAGGGUUCGAUACAAUAGAGUACAGGAUGAAAUCAUUAACCAAGCUGAAUCAGAAGAAGAGCGCGAAAGGGAAAUUGAGGAGCAAAAUAAUUUCCUAUUGGAAAUUGAUGAAGCAGAAGAGAAACUGACAGAAUUAAUUGUCAAUAUCAAGGUCAAUGAAUCUGCAAAGAAAGAUCUUUUCCAUUCAACCGUCAUUGAAGAUGAACGAAUUGAUAAACUUCUCGAUGGCUUCUCAAAACUCGUAGAGCGUAUGGAUGGUAGUGAGAAUUCCAAGUAUUCGAAACUCGAACCAGUGAAAAUCCCCACAUUCAACGGAGAGUAUGCGCAGUGGCGUUCAUUCAAAGAGAUGUUCAUCAAUCUGGUGGACAGCAACAAGAAACUGUCAAAGACGCAAAAGCUGCACCAUCUCAAGACGAAAUUGACAGGAAAGGCCUUUGACGCCAUUGAUCAUCUCGAUAUGUGUGAUGAAAGCUACGACAUAGCGUGGGAAACCAUCACAAACCGAUUUGAGUGCAAGAAAAAGGUCAUAAACGGUCACAUCGAACGCAUCAAGAGCCUACCUACUCUGAAGAAUCCUAUCGUCGAUGAUCUCAGGAAUAUCUACGAUGUCUCCACGACGACUAUCAACGCAAUGGACGCUUUGAAGGUCAACACUCGAGAUCCGUGGAUCAUCUACGAAGUCCUGAGCAAACUCGAUCACGAGACACAGACGCUAUGGUCGCAGGAGCAGUCAGACGUGCCAACAUGGGACGAGUUUAAGGUAUUUCUAAAUAAACGUUGUAAAGCUUUAGAUUUAUGUCCAUCCACGUACACUAGUAAUGUAAACAGUUCAGGUUCAAAAGUUCAAAUUCAGAAACAAAAAAUUGUAAAGUCCCUCACGAUCUCUAAAGAAAAUUCAAGUCAAAAGCAUGAGUCAUGUAGCGUUUGCAAGAAAUCCGCACAUAAGUUGUGGAAAUGCGGUAAAUUCAAGUCAUUUCCUGCAGCCAAAAGGCUCGAAACUGUUAACAAUUUAAAUCUUUGCAUGAAUUGUAUAUCAGAAAGUAGAUCCCAGCAUGCUGUAGAGAAAUGCCCUUAUCCUCCUUGCAAGCAUUGCAAUAAGUCUCAUAAUUAUUGGGUUCACGAUGCUCUCUCCAACCCCCCGUCAAAGGUUACUCAAGACAAUCCUCAAUCAGUUUCCGAGGAUCAGAAGAAGCCAGCCGUGCUGAGUAGCUUUCUUCCGUCAAACAAGAGUGCCAAUGGUGAGAUUCAUCGCUCUAUUUUGAAGACAGCAUGUGUAAGAAUUCUGGAUUCCCAACAAAAUGUCCAUGUGUGUCGCGCCCUUUUGGAUUUUGGAUCCGAGAUUUCUGUGAUGACAACCGAAUUGUGCCAGAGAUUGAGAUUGAAGUUGCAAAAGUCCCCUUACACUCAAGUUGAAGGAUUUCAAGGACAAGUAAGCAGCCUCAAGCAUCAAGUGAAUGCAAUCCUCAUCCCUCAGAUAAACCCUCGGGAUGUAAGGGUUCCCACGGGAUUCGUGCUCGUUGACUCAGAGUGGCAUGUGUCUAGGCCAAUUGACCUACUCAUCGGAGCAGCACACGAAGACGAAAUUAUGCUGGACGAAGUUUACAAAAUGGGCCCAGGAAUUCCAUCACUCAGAAAUACCGUCUUCGGUUGGGUAGUUUGCGGAAAAUGGCAGCCUAAUGGCGCACAAUCAGCAGACACUCCCCCCGUUUGCCACACAAUAUCCCUGAAAACCAUUGAUGAGACCCUCAGGAAAUUCUGGGAACUCGAAGAACUCUCAGAAGAAUGCCCACAAACGGUCGAGUAUAGGGAAGUGGAAGAAUUAUAUUCAAGUACGACAAAAAGAUCGGAAAACGGUCAGUACAAUGUUCGUCUACCUUUGAAGGGAAACUUCGGUGAACUCGGAUCUAACCGAAAGCGAGCUUCAAGGCAACUGAACUUCCUAGAGAGAAGGCUCUCACAGAAUCCUCAACUAUACAAGGAGUACUCUAAUAUCUUUGAAGAGUAUCUGAGUUUGGGAAUCAUAGAGAGAGUGCCUCUGAUCGAGCUUCAAGCUAAGUCAUAUUACAUGACACAUCACUGUGUUGUUCGAGAAAACGCGUCAUCUACCAAAGUCAGGAUCGUUUUCAACUGCGGAUCUGUUUCUGAGACCGGCAUAAGUCUCAACGAUGUUAUCAAAGUAGGGCCUGUCGUUCAACCGGAGUUGAUAGAGAUCUUGUGGAGAUUUAGACGAUUCCCGAUUGCACUAUCCUGUGACAUUGUCAAAAUGUAUUUGCAGGUACAACUCAAUGAGGAUCACAGAGAUUUGCAACGUUUUCUUUGGCGAACAUCACCAAGUGAACCAAUCAUGGACUACAGGUUCAAGACCUUGUGUUUUGGCAAUGCUGCGUCACCCUAUCUUGCCACAAAGACGUUGAUCAAACUUGCAGAAGAUGAAGGAGAAAGUUACCCACGAGUAGCAGAAGUUCUUCGGAACAAUUUUUACGUGGAUGACUGUCUAUUGUCAGUGGAGACCACAAAGGAAGCGAUCGAGGUGAAGAAAGAUCUCAUUAGUCUUCUCGGCAAAGCUCAAAUGAAGCUAUCCAAGUGGCAAUCCAACUCUCCGACAGUACUUCAAACAUUGCAAGAAGGCAACACAGAGGCAAAGGAAGUCUCAAUCUCUGAUGGCUGUGUGAAAGCGCUAGGAUUGAUGUGGAAUCCGUCAAACGACACCUUUUCAUUUCAAGUCGAUACAAUGGUCGAGAAUUUAGUUCCAACCAAGAGAAAUAUCCUGAGAGUGGUGGCAAGGAUUUAUGAUCCGCUAGGACUACUAGCCUCCAUCACAAUCAACACGAAAUUAAUCUUGCAGAAUCUUUGGAAGAAUGAGGUUGACUGGGAUACCGAGGUUGAGGGAGAUAUUUUGCGAGAGUGGAAAAAAUUUAUUGCCUCACUACAACACAUUCCGUCUAUGAGAAUAUCUCGAUGGACAUCGAAAAACGAAAAUGUUUGUGAAGAGCAGCUCCACAUGUUCUCGGAUGCCUCCAACCUAGCCUACGGAGCCGCAGUGUACCAUGUCACCAAGGAUGUCUCAGGACGAAUUUCAAGUCAGAUGUUGACGGCGAAGUCGAAAGUUGCGCCAAUCAAAACUAAGACAAUCCCGAAGCUAGAACUUUGUGCAGCAACACUUGGGGCCAAACUGUUAGCAAAGGUCGCAAAAAGUCUGAAAAUCAGCAAGGUUUAUUGUUGGGUAGACGCCAAGGUAGUUCUUGCGCAAAUUGCAUCCGCUUCAAACAAACAAGACGUUUUUACCAAAAAUAGAGUGACAACGAUCAGAGUGUUGACAGCUGUUGAAUGUUGGAGACACGUUCCCACAAAAGAAAACCCGGCAGACCUCAUUUCAAGAGGAACCACAGCCAUGGAGUUGGAUAACUCAUCAUUGUAUUGGGAAGGCCCACAUUGGUUAAAGGAGAGUGAUUUAGCUCGGGAAAGCAAGGAAAGUGUUCCACCAGCAGUCGAGGAGUCACAAGACAUUUCAGUCGCUACACUCACUGUCAACAAACCAGAAGCUCAAACCAUUAAAGACCAAACAAUCAACCAGAACAUUACCUGGCACUUUCAACCGGCUCGUUCUCCGCACUUCAACGGAUUAGUCGAAGCAGCAGUGAAGUCAGCAAAGACUCAUCUCAAGAAAGUUAUUGGCGAGCAACGACUAAAUUAUGAGAAAUUUUAUACAAUUCUCACACAGGUCGAAGCCGUGUUGAAUAGUAGGCCGAUCACCAUUCUGUCGGACGAUCCCAGAGAUCCACAACCAUUGACUCCGGGUCAUUUUUUGCUUUUGGCACCACCGACUCAGUUGCCUGAUGAAAAUCUUGCAUCCGUGAGGAUGAACCACUUGACAAGAUGGCAAUUGUGUCAGCGGAUUGUACAAGAUUUUGUGAGAAAGUGGAGGCUAUCCUACUUGCACACACUUCAAGAGCGCUCUAAAAAGCACACGGAGAAAGAGAACCUGAAGGUGGAUGACAUAGUGAUCUUGCACGAUGCUUCCAUAGGAAACACCAAAUGGACGACAGGAAGAGUUGUUGGAGUUCAUACUGGAGCGGACGGGAAGGUGAGAGUUAUUGACAUAAAAACCCCGACAGGAACCUAUACCAGGUCAGUGACUAAAGUUGCCAAAUUUCCAACAUGUGAGAGUCACAAUCUCCCCCGGGAGCAUGUAUAGAAUUUCCAUUCUAUAAGACCUCUUAUUUUAAGAGACAAAGGACGGUUGGAUUUUGAACAUGCAUGGAGGGAGAGAGAAAGAGGAAAAAGUGGUGAAUGAGAUCAGCUGGAAACAAAGUAGGGGAAUAAGCGGGAACGAGUAUGGGAGUUACGUAAGACUUGAUUUUUGCAAAGAGACGUGAGGAGAAAAGUUAUUAGUUUAUUUAGCGAAUUUUUUAUAAAAUUAUUAAAUUAAAAAUACAGAAAAACGACAGUGACGUAGAGUUAAACUGUGUUCAGUCUAGUAGUGGAGAAUACUUGUAAAUAAAAUUAUUGGUGAAGGUGAAAAGUGUGUUUUCCUGCCGCAGUGGACUUUGUUGAAUGGCAUUUGGCGGUCAUCGAGGAAACGUCUUCUGGAAAAUCCAGCCGCCUACGUUCCGGAUCACUGUUAAGGACAUUUAAUAAAGGAAUAUAUAUUUCCAGGUAAACUGGGCAGGAAGAAGAGGGUAUUAAAUAUCACAGAAUCCUAUCACAGAGAAAUUAUUGUUUACCACAGGUACGUGAAUAUCACAAACGGUAGAAGGAAGCCCAAGAAACACACAGUCCCUGACAGAUUUAUAACACCACAAUAUAUUUAUAGGUAAUUCUCCACAAUAUUAAAUAUUGCACUGGAAAAAGAACGUUAAUUUCAGUUGCACUUCUUCCUUCAAGUGGGCGUGGCCUAAAAUUAUUUUAAGCAUAGUAGACUCUAAAACAAGAAAGAUUUUACAAAAUUAAAAAAGUCUAAUUCUUAUACUAAGAAAAAACCUAAAAAGUUAAAACAACCCUAUGGCAGAGUUGAAUCAACUCUACGAAUAUCGAUGUAAUUGUUACUCUUUUUCGUUGUAAAAUUUAUUAAAUAGAGUUGAAAUAACUCUUCGUGCGAGUUGAAUUGAUUUGUCGGAUAUCGAUGUAAUUAUUACUCUUUUUCGCUGUAAAAUUUCAUCUCGACUGAAGUAUAUGCUUAAGUAUUUUCGUUUUAAGAAUAUACUUCAGUCAAGAAGAUUUUCCUGUGACAAAGUUCAUAUGGAACAUCAACUAGAAAUAUGCCUAACGGUAUUUCAUGAAGACAUGUGCGUACGUCAUACUUGAUAUUUCGCUCGGAACAUAGUGAACCUGAGGUCAAGAAAAAAUUAAUUAAGAAAAUGAUAAAAAUAAAAAAAAAACAUAAAGUUACAAGACAUAUUCA